AUAUAGAUAUUCUGCCUACAACUCUACACCCUAGCCGGACACUUGUUACUUUUGAUUUCUUCUUUUAUACAAUUAACCCUAAAACGCAUCAAAUCUUGUUUUUAAUCUUUUGCCCCUUCGGUUUCUUCUAAAUAUUCGGGUGGAAUUUUUGGAUGUUUUGAUCUGGGGAGUUAAUUGGGGUUAGGGUUUUUCCUUUUUGAGGUUGUUGGGAGUUGACAUGGCGGAUGUGGGUGAAGAAGAAGAGUAUGAGAGUGAUCCGGAGCAGGCGAAGCUUUCUCUGAAGAUGCGAAGGAGGAGGGAAGCGAGUGAUGACGAGGAGGAAGAGGAUGAGGAUGAUGAUGGUGAUGUGAGGGUGAUUGAUUCUAGGGUUUCAGAUUGUGAAUCUGACGGUCAGGGUGCGGCGGCAGACUAUGAUGAUGAAUAUGAUUUAGUGGACGAGGAGGAAGAAGAGCUGCUUGAGGAAGCUGAAGAUGAAGAGUUUGGAGAAGGACGUGGUGGUAGUGAAGUUCAAGAUGUGGUGGGACAGGUGGUGAGGGAGGAUUUGGAUGGUGUUAUUGAGGGGAGUUCUGUGGGAGUUAAAAGGGAGAAUGAUCAUGUGGAUGGGGAUGAGUUUUAUGUGCCUGAAAAUGGUGAUCAGUUUGAUGAUAAUGUGAAUGGAAGAGUGGGAGAAGGAGAUGGAGAAGGAGGACAAGAGGAAAAGAAGGAGACUGAGCCAUUUGCAGUGCCAACAGCUGGAGCAUUUUAUAUGCAUGAUGAUCGGUUCAGAGACAGUGCUGGUGGUAGACACAGGCGAACUCUUGGCGGGAGGAAGCUGUGGGAGUUGAGAGAUGACAGAAAAUGGGGGCAUGACAAGUUUGAGGAAAUGACUAUGCAGGAAAGACAUUACGAUGAGGGUAGGAGGGUUUCUAGGGGUCGUAAUCGAGCUCGUGGUAGAAACCGAGGAGAAGAUCAUGGAUAUGUACGAGGAAACAGGCCUAAAGCAUACAACAAUAACAAUCAAACUAAUGCACCCAAGUCUGUGAGAGGUCGAGGCCCUAGAAGAUAUCAACCUUCUACACAGAACAGUUUUGAGGCUCCUGGACAAAGCAGACAACCUGCGAAGUCAAUGGAGAAAGCUUCCCAUGCAAGUUCAGGAAGAGCAUCUGCAGCCAUGUCGGUGUCAGAAUCUUCUCAAGUGCCAGUUAGGAAAAAUGUUGUUGCAUCAAAUUUGAAUUCUGCUUCUCCACCAUUUUACCCUUCUGGUUCUUCAAAUAAAGAAACCAACUUGACUCAGAAAAAGGAGGCUCAAACUGGACCAAUUCAUAGGGGCGCACGACCUCCUGUUAUGGGGGAGAAUUAUCCAGCUUCUCAGUCCAACAAUCUACGUGGAAGAAAUGUUUCUGAUUCUUUAGGCAUGGACAAGCUUUAUAUAGAUGACUCAGUCACGUCCCUUGCUGGGAAACCCGUAAACAACUUGCCACAGCCAGCUUCUGGUCCCUCGUUCAUUAAUUCUACCCAACCUUCUCAAACAAGGGCUGAGGGGAGAGGUCCAAUUUCCUUUGGGCAAGUGACCUACCAACCAGUGCCACCUCAUAACCAAGUAAAUAGAGUUUCUUCGCCAAACCAAGUUCAUUCUUUUCAGCGAGCUCCUGUUCCUAACCAGCUUCAUUCUAAUCCCCAACCUUCUGGUCAGCAGUUUGGGCCUCAAUCUGCUAGUGGAUCUCGAGCUUCUUCCCCACCAAAAUCAUCCGGUUCCAUACAUCUGCUUGAAUCUACAGACAUGGAAUCUCCUGCAGAAUCUAAUGAUUCAAAGACAGCAUUGGUUGGAAAAGGGAAGGGAAGCAUUCAGAGCAGCGGAAUGAGCUCAUUUUCUUAUGCUGGGGCACAGCUUAUCGGAGCCUCUGGGAGCCUCAAUGGUAAUCAUGGUGAUCAAAAUUUCCCUGGAGCUCCAACAUUUUUGCCAGUCAUGCAAUUUGCAGGCCAGCAUCCUGGUGGUCUUGGAGUUCCUGCUGUUGGCAUGGCAUUCCCUGGCUAUGUUGCUCAACCCAAUGGGAUGGGAAAUUCAGAGAUGACAUGGCUACCUGUGUUGGCUGGUGCUGCUGGAGCUUUGGGUGCUGCUGGAGCUCUAGGGGCGACAUAUUGUUCCCCGUAUAUCACAAUGGAUGGUGCUUAUCAUGCUCGGCCAUCUGGGCAGACGUCUUCAUUAGCUCCCACAAGCAAAGACAGUAAUACAAAUAAACCUGGCAGUGAAGUGAAGCCUUCUCAGAGGCCUGAGCUUGCAAAUGAUGAGUUGAGGCAGCGACAAAAUAAAGCUCGCAGAUACACUGAAAUGAAGUUUGAUAAGUGAAGUAUUAAAUAGGCCUUAGGCCAUCUGUGAACUCCAGUGUACUCGUGGCGCACUUUGAGCAGCUGCAGUAUUCCCAAUUAUUUAAGGUAUGUGUUUGAAACGCCUGGCUCAUGCUGUGUCCUUGAUGUAAAAAAGAAUGCAGCCUGACAGGUGGCAGGACUUUUUUCGGAUGCGAGGUUUAUUGUGGCUUGUUUCUUUUCUUUUUUCUUUUGUGAAGCUUGCGAAAGUUGUCGGCGGGCUUCCUGAAAAAUUAUAUUUGGGAAAAUCGUACAAGAAAACAAGAGAUAUCGUGCAGUGGCUUUGUGUCAAAAUCUAGUAGUCAAAAACUUUUGUCCUAUCGGGUUGUGUUUGGAGACUUUCUUUGUUUUAUAUCCAUACUCUAUAUACCCCAUUUGCGUGCUAGACGAAGGAUCGUGUGAGAAUAAGAGUUGAGAUGAUAAGGUAAUAAGGGAUUUGGACUCUUGAUCACUUUUAGUCUCAUGUCCAUCCAUAAAUUGUGCUUUAUAAGAGAAUUGAUACCGUGUAUCUCGUUAGUGUGUAGGAUCAUGUUCUCUUCAAUUGGGAUUGAUCUAAAGGUUUCUUACUCGUCAUUGUAACUUCCAUUCUUACCGGAAUUCAAUCAUAAAAUGAAACUUUAUGCCCUCAUUUUCAGCUAAUAAAAAUGAUAAAACUAUAAAAGAUUUGUGGU